CCCGCGGAGCAAACCCGGGCAAGGAACGCAUCGAGUUCUGCUCUCGGUCCCCGGGCGGAACCCGCCCGGUGCUUGGAGAUGGCGACUCGUGCUCCUCACCCAGCGGCUCCGAGUGCGGUGACAGCGGUCACAGCCGAGGAGUGUCUCGGAGAGCGGAUCCGUGUGCGCCGGGCACCCCGAGCUGGGGAGGCAGCAGCCUUCUGCAAGGAAACCACGCCAAAACUUGACACCUCUCCCCCAGAAAAUAGGCCUACCAAAAGUCCUGUGUUCAGCUGCUCUCAGAAUCCCGAAGGAUUUCGCUGCAGAAGGACUGCAACACCUGGUUUGCUUUGCCCGGGUGGAGGCAGCCAUGGAGCGGUUCGGGGUGAAGUCGGCGCCGUCGCGGAACCGCUCCAAGACCGCUCUGUACGUGACCCCCCAGGACCGCGUGACGGAGUUCGGCAGCGAGCUGCACGAGGACGGGGGGAAGCUCUUCUGCACCUCCUGCAACGUGGUGCUGAACCACGUCCGCAAGUCCGCCAUCAACGACCACCUCAAGUCCAAAACACACACCAAGAGGAAGGCGGAGUUCGAGGAGCAGAACGUCAGGAAGAAGCAAAGGACUCUGACUGCCUCCCUGCAGUGCAACAGCACUGCCCAGACAGAGAAAAGCAGCGUCAUCCAGGACUUUGUGAAAAUGUGCCUGGAAGCCAAUAUCCCCCUGGAGAAGGCGGAUCACCCCUCCGUGAGAGCCUUCCUGUCCCGCUACGUUAAGAACGGCAGCUCCAUACCCAAGUCGGAGCAGCUAAGGAAAGCCUAUCUGCCUGAUGGCCAUGACAAUGAGAACCAGCUCAUCAACACUGAAGAUCGUUGAGAAGAGAACUGUUUUCAUCCUUGUUGUGAAGUUUUACAUAUUGAUGGUGUGGUUUAUUUUUAUAUUCAUGCAUAUUUACAGUGUUACAUAUUGAUUUUACAAGCUAUUUUGUAUUCUUGUAGAAAUGACAAUCUACUCCUGAACUUAGUGGUGUGCCACAGAUUGUUGCUAACCCUGCUGUGGACUUCAGAGCUACACUGAUGUAGAUUUCAUGAGGAAUGUAGGGAGCAUCCCUGGCAUACACCUGAUCUCUGUUCAGUCCAGCUCUAACUGAGGCUGAGAAAAGGCACUUGAAUGGAGGACCUUCCCCCUCACACUGCAUCUAAGAAAACGGUGUGGUAGGGAUUGCUACUCAUGGCAGUGGAUUGCUUUGUCCAGUAUUCUGUCCCUGAGUGACCAAGAAGAGGUGCUGCACCUUUGAAAUGCAAGAAGCUCUAGGAUGGUUAGUUAAAAUAUCACUGCUCUGUUGGGGGAGAACUAUUGCAACUUUCUAUUCAAGCUUGGUUCGUGUUUUGAAACAGGAAACAUUUUUCUUCUAGAACUCUCUCUUACGCCGCUUGGUGCAACUGUGGAUGUAUUCAUUAUCCAGCUUAACCAGCCAGUCUGUUGUACUGACCUCUGAACUCCACUAUUCUUAUAAGGCUGGGAGUUCUGCAGGUUUGCCAUGUCUGCUUUUCUAAAAUCACUAUUCCUUUGUCUUGGUCUCACAUGCCCCCUUCCAUUUCAGUGCCGAUAUUUGAAAGCCGAGUAGACAAACCAAUAACUGAGUGUAGUUUGCAGUGCAGCUGCUGUCAAAUGAAACUUAUGCUGGACCAAAUUCUUAGCAGAGAAGAUGAAUGCCUUUUCCCUACUAGCAGUACUAAGCUAAAUCUAAAUUGGGGAUGGUACAGGCACUAAAUCGAGGAGUUGGGAAGUUGUUUUAUUGAGCACAUGAGAAGAGGGCUCCUGCAUCUUUCCCUGAAGGUCCUUUACACCUCUGGCCUUGUCAUCAGCCUUUCAGUCAAGGGAGUGAAGUGAUUUAAAUAGUGUUUAAAGCAGUUACUGACAGUACUUGUAAACACAAGUAGGAAGGCAUAUACACUUAGAAUUUAUACUGGAAUUACAGACCUGGGCUGUAUUUCUUACUCUGUGCCAUGGCCACAUCUAUUGGACUGGCAAAAACCAAAAUGGAAAAUAGAAGAAUUUCAAUAAUAUAACUUUCUCCAAAGUCUAGUAAACUGUUACUAAGCUACUCCAAAUGAUGAUGCCAAAUAGUUCACCUGACACGAGUGUUCUAUGAAGGUUUUGCAUGAAAUGAGGGAGUGCUGUGUAAAGUGCUGCAAUACGACUGACCUCUGCCUGCUCUAGAUCUCCUGGAGAUGCUCUGGGUCCAGAGAGCUGCCAAGCAUCUCCUGGGAGCACAGGAAUCCUCCCUCUCCAUGGGUACAAUGUCAUAAGGAUGCUUUAACUCGCAAGGGUGGAGCCAGUUGUCCAGCUUCCUUGCCCCAGCAGAGUUUCACAGCACUUUAUUUACAGCAACACCAAGAAAUUCCUGAAAAGAGACAAAAUAACCAGAUUAUUUGGGGUUUGGAGCUAUUUCCCCAUCUCCAUCUAAAGCAGUCUCCUUUGCUGGGCUGAGAGAGACUUACAUACAUAGUGAGAACUAUUUUUUUUUGUGCAAUGAGUCUGCAGAAAUGCACUUGUGUUCCAUGUCCUGCUGUGAAACCUGCUGGAAUAAAUGGACAAAAAUAAAAAACAGAUGGUUUCUUACCUAUGUACAUCAGUCCAGAGAUGCUCAGCCCACUGCUGGUCUAGGACUUCAGACAGAAAUAACAGUAGCACCUUUUUAAUCUAAUCCUAGAGAUCAAUAUAUGCCUUCCUAAAUAUCGGGGUUUUUUGCACAAGCUUGGGUUUAUCUUAAAAUCCUUAACUGCCUUGGGCUAGAACUGUUUAAUAAAUCUUCUGAAGCCAAGUGAAAGGUAAACUGCCAAUAGCCUUUUCUGUCCUGACAAGAACUGAAAGUAUUUUCUCACAGCUGCUGCUUCCUUACAGUGAAACAACAUCCUUGCUUUAAUUUUUAAUCUCACUUGAAACCUCAGCAAUGCUAUCUUAGCACUGAAGCAAAUGGAGGAUAAUGAGACAUUGAGAAAACAAAAGCAGCUAGAGAAAUGUGAUGGUCAAAAGGUAGAAAUUUGGGCUAAUUCACUCAGUUUUUGCUACCAUGGGAUUUUCCAGACUGCACCCUGUAACAGUUUUAUAUAGGAUUAGAUGCUGUAUGUUCUUCCCUUGACUGACAGACUGACAGACAUUUUGAAAUGCUUCAUGAGAAUAUUAAAUAGGCUCUUGCGUAACGGAAAAAAAAAAAGAAAAUCAAAUUGCUUUCAAAGUUACAGUUUUACAUAAAAAUAAAAAAGUUGGCAAGUGUAAUACACUAAAUUUGCAGGACACUGCUGUCUUAAUAAUAGGAUAUUUUCAUUUAAAAAUAAUGCCACAAUACUUUUCAAGCUUUUUUGAAAAUCAAGACAUUGAUCCAUUGCAACAAACAUUAAUAAUGGGGUAAAGCUAUGAAAAAUAAAGCACUUCCAGGUAAUCUAGAAAAAAUGAAAAAGUUUAGAAUCAUGAACAUAACCCAAAUCAUCAUGACAUUUUUCAAGACAAUAUGAGUAAGUGGUUGCAUUCUGUCAUGAAACAGACUCCUGCAAAUACUCAAAUUCAGAACAUAAUUCUGCCAGUAUAGCUGCAGUUGGAUAAAACAUAACUUUCUUUUAAUUGCUGUUGAUCUCAGGGCAGAUUUACAGCAGAAGUUUUCUCAUCUAUCUAAACCUAAGGAGAAACUAAAUCCUAGUUUUGAGGCUGUGAUGGAGUUCUCUGAACAGUCACCAUGGGGGUUUAAUUUCUUGUGUAAGAAUGUAUUUCCCGUAAAGAAGAAAACUCUUAAAAGGGAGGAUGGGUAACAAUGUCAGCGUUUCACUUUACAUCCAAAUGUAGAGACAAGCUCUAAGGGAUACUUUCUGCCAGGUGGUUUUAGGAAUAUACUGGAACUCUAAAUGUAAUAAUAAUAAAAUAGAACUAAAAGAAGAAAUAUUUUCCUCUUUAACCAAUACCUAGACUAAUUUAGCAAAAUUAGCUAAAAUUUGUCCCAAGUGUUUUUCUUGAAACAACACUUUCAAAGAGCAAAUACAAACAGGAGCAUUCUCUGCUCUGUGACUCCUUACAUGGACACACCAUGAUAAUUUCAGCAUGCGUGUUCUUGAAAAAAUACUAGCAAGCUUCAAAAUUUUUAAUUAUUUUGAAGCCUGUAAUUUGGCAGGUCCCAUGGGAAGGUGAAGCAUUCAGCAUAAUGAAAGGGAAAUCUGUUUUUCAACAGAGAGAGAAACUUGUUCUGCACAGUAUGGGAUAUUCUCAUGAUAGAAAAGCUGGUUUUAGCCAGAGCCCCUUUUAGCAAUUCUGUUGAACUGAAGACAAAGCUCCCUGUUAGGUUUUGCAGCAUAAUGAGCUGGUUUUCAGGAAAAAGGGGGAAAAAAGCUGGAAAUUUGGCAAGGAUAAUCUCUAUUUAGAUUUACAUAUAAAGAGAGGCGAGGCUCACUGUUGCAUUCACAUUGUGCUCACUGCUACUUACUCUGUGUAAUUUGAGUGCUUGUUGUCUUUGUACAAUUUUAAAGUCAUGUCCAACUUUUAAAAUAUUUUUAUUUUAACAAAGCUUCUCACUGUAACAGUGCUGUUAGAGUUUAGUCUCUUUUGGUCUAAUGAAGAUGCUUUAUUUUUGUUUUGGUGUUAGGAAUGUUUUGUUGAUGGUGAGUUGCCACAGAAAUGGUUUUAUUUAAAAUAAAAAAAAAGUCAUGAACUUAUGAUUCGAUACUAGAGUGAGGCUGAAGAUACCUGGGUCCUGCAGUGCCACAAUACUUCCUGUAGGAACAGUAAGACCAGACUAAGUGAUUUAAGUUUUUAUAUUAAAACAAUACUGAAGAGAAAUACUUUACGUUGUAAAGUUUUCACUUGGUAAUGAAAAAAAGUCUCUUUAAAAAAAAGAAAAAUAAAGGUAUUCCUUUUUUAUAGA